AUGGUGAGAGUGGCAUCGUACUUCGCAAUGACUCUUGGUGCUUUCGUGUUCUGGCAGUCCAUGGACAAAGUCCAUGUCUGGAUCGCUCUCCAUCAAGACGAAAAGCAAGAGAGGUUGGAGAAGGAAGCGGAGAUCAGAAGGGUUAGAGAAGAAUUAUUGAAGCAGCAGGCCAAACAGAAGGAGUCUCUUCACGCUCUUCACGACCAUGAUCCUCUGCCCCACACUCACUCUCGGAUCUCUCUCGCAGAUCCCCUUUCAACGCUUACCAUCACCACCACCUUUUCUCUCUAUCUCAUGGAUCCCUCUACUUGUCGUCCAGCUGUAGUAAUCGAUAAUGGCUCCGGGUAUACUAAAAUGGGGUUUGCUGGUAAUGUCGAGCCAUGUUAUAUUAUUCCGACUGUGGUUGCCGUUAAUGAGUCGUUUCUGAAUCAAUCGAGGGCCGCUUCUAAAGCCAAUUGGGUGGCCCAGCACAAUGCCGGUGUUAUGGCGGAUCUUGAUUUCUUCAUUGGGGAUGAGGCAGUUUCCAAGUCUCGAUCUAGUAGCACUUACAACCUGAGCUACCCAAUUCAGCAUGGCCAGGUUGAGAAUUGGGAUACCAUGGAGCGCUACUGGCAGCAGUGCAUAUUCAACUAUUUGAGGUGUGAUCCGGAGGAUCACUAUUUUCUCUUGACCGAGAGUCCAUUGACUUCGCCUGAGAGUCGCGAGUAUACUGGGGAAAUCAUGUUUGAGACUUUUAACGUACCUGGACUUUACAUUGCUGUGAAUUCUGUGCUUGCUCUUGCAGCUGGUUACACCACAUCUAAGUGUGAGAUGACAGGAGUUGUAUUAGAUGUUGGAGAUGGGGCUGCUCAUGUUGUACCUGUUGCAGACGGCUAUGUUAUUGGUAACAGCAUCAAAUCGAUUCCUAUUGCUGGAAAGGAUGUUACUGUUUUUGUGCAGAAUCUUAUGCGGGAAAGAGGAGAGAAUGUUCCACCAGAAGAUUCUUUUGAUGUGGCACGGAAAGUGAAGGAAAUGUAUUGCUACACCUGCUCUGACAUUGUGAAGGUUGUCUUUAGUUCAAUAGUUAGUUCUUUUGAAGAGUUUGUGCUUGCCAUUGGCAUAUUGAGUGAAUUUAAUAAGCAUGACAAAGAACCAACCAAAUAUAUCAAGCAUUGGAGAGGUAUUAAACCAAAGACUGGGGCACCAUAUUCCUGUGAUAUUGGCUAUGAACGAUUUCUUGGCCCUGAGAUUUUCUUUAAUCCUGAGAUAAAUGGUAGUGACUUUACCACCCCUUUGCCAGUUGUAAUAGACAAGUGCAUUCAGUCUGCACCAAUUGACACGAGGAGAUCAUUAUACAAGAAUGUAGUGUUGUCUGGAGGUUCAACCAUGUUCAAGGAUUUUCACAAGAGGUUGCAACGUGAUCUAAGAAAAAUUGUGGAUACUCGUGUCCUUUUAUCUGAAGCACGCUUAAAUGGGGAGAUAAAAGCGCAGCCAGUGGAGGGGGGUGGUGGUAGGAGAACCAUGCAAGCUGACUUUAAGCUUGUCAUACAAAGGCAGAAUAUGACGAGCAUGGAGCAAGCAUUUGCCGUUCAAAUCCUGUUUUCAAGGGAAUGUAUUAAAGCAGCGAUAGUUGAUGAAGGAGGCAGUUAUUUGAUAAGACAGUUGAAUGAAUGGCUGCUUAUUUUGACCCUCAAUUCAUCUUCUGAUCUUUCUUCCCAUCUAUAUACAGGGUGGUUGAAGUGA